AUGGGUAUCUUCAAGUCGAAGAUGCACUUCAACAGCUAUAACGUUCUUGUCGUUAUCUUUGUCGCCAUCGGCACUCUCUCUACUGCCUACGGUCUCGCCAUUAUUGGUUCCACGUCCGGCCAGCCGAACUUCUACACGUACUUCAAUCUUGCCGCUUCGCCAUCUGAACCAGGCUAUGACCACACUACCAAUGUCUUGGGUGGCCUCAACGGCGCCAACAGCGGUGGUGCCUUUGUGGGCGCUCUUAUAAGCGCUUGGUCUGCAGAUAAAUUCGGCCGCAAGAUUACCAUCAUGAUCGGCUGUGUCUUCAUCAUCAUUGGCGGUGCCUUGAACGCUGGCUCUGUUGCAAUCUCCAUGUUCGCCAUCGGACGAGUUGUUGCCGGUGUCGGUUCGGGUAUUCUCGCCAUCGUCACCCCUAUGUACCAAGGGGAAGUUGCCACCGCAGAAACUCGAGGAGCCAUGAUGUGCGUAACUGGCAUCAUGUGGGCUUAUGGCUAUAGCUUUGCUGGCUGGAUCGGUUAUGGCUGCGUGCAUAUUCCGGCAGAUUCGCCUCACGCUUCGGCUGCCUGGCGAUUUCCCCUCGCUUUCCAAUGUGUCCCUCCUUUGAUUGUCCUCCUCGGCUUCAAAUUCAUUCCAGAAUCUCCUCGCUGGUUGCUAACCCGGGACCGCCGCGAGGAAUCCUUCAACAUCAUCAAACGCCUGCACGCGGCCAAGGAUGAUCCUGAACAGAUCCGAGCCAAGGAAGAGUUCUAUUUGAUGGAGAAGCAGCACGAAGCUGACAAGAAAAUGACCAUCCGGCCCUUCGAGAUCUUCCGCGGACGCCCCAACCAGAAGCGAUCUGCUAUCUCGAUCCUGUGCAUGUUCUUUAACCAAAUGAUGGGUGUCUACGUCCUUGCCAACUACGGUGUGCUCAUCUAUGGCUCCCUCGGUUUGCCCGGAACGAUCCCGCUUCUCUUGAAUGCAUGCUGGACUUCAUACACUAUCCUCGGAAAUACCCUGACUGCCUUCAUCGUUGAUCGAUUCGGCCGUCGACCUCUCAUGUUGACCGCUAUUGUUGGCUGUGGAGCCAGUCUGAUCUUCGAGGCUGCCUUGACAGCUACAUACCUCGGAACUAACCACACAGCCGGCUUGAACGCCUGUGUCUUCUUCAUCUGGAUGUACAUCACUUUCUGGUGCUCUUGCAUGGACGCCACCCAAUUCGUCUACGUGUCGGAAAUCUGGCCCAAUCACCUCCGAUCGCAAGGAACGGCCAUGGGUUUGGCCGUCUUUUUCUUGACCUCCGAAAUCACCCUGGUUGCCGCUCCGGUUGCCUUGAACACCAUUGGCUGGAAAUUCUACCUCGUGUGCAUUUGCCCAACCGUGGUCUACUUGCCGAUCUUGUAUUUCUUCUUUCCAGAGACUAAGGGUCGUACACUCGAAGAAAUUGGAUCUCUCUUCGGAGACACCAACAUUGCUGCCCAUUGGUAUGGUAUUAGCGACGAGGAGCGUGAGAAGAUUCACCAGGGCGCCUUGCAUCUAACAGCGGAUGGUAUGAUCGUGGAAGAUCUCGAGGAGAAUUCCAUGACAACUCGCUUGGAGGAGACUGAGAAGGUAAUUGAGCAACACACGGAGAAGGUUUGA